GUAAAAACAAAAAGGAGAGACAAACUUUUACUUUCAGUUGUCAAAAAAAUUGUAUAAGAAAAAUCUAGAUGGCAUCAACUAUGAAUAUACAUCCACCAGAAGAUCUAUAUAGAUCUUUAGUGGUGACACCAAUAUUAACUUCCACAAGCAGAAGAAGUCCAGAUAAAAUAAAAGAAAAAAGUUGCUUUUAUAAACCAACAAAUGGAGUGAAUAUGGAAGAAUUAAGUAAAAAGCUACGAGAAAAAAUACUGGAAAACUUCGACCAUAUUCAGCAUACAUUUGAAUCUUUUGAUGUCAAUAAUAACGGCUACAUAGACAUAUCUGACUUGCAAAGAGUGUUGACAAAUUUUUGUUUACCUAUUUCAAGAGAAUUAUUUCUAGCGUGGAUGCAAAGGCUGGGUUUCAAAGAAACUGAUAAAAUUCAAUAUAAACAAUUUUUAAGAAAAUUUGAAUCAACCAGAGAUCCUUCUUAUGCACUACCGUACAAGAAAAGCCACGUGUACAAUCCAGUGAGAGGCGACGAAGAACGGUUGGCUCCUGAAUCAAUCUUUAGUCUAAUGAAGAAACUUGUAUCUGAACACCAUGGUUCAUUAAAAUCUUCAUUUCUAAAGCUUGACGAUAACAAAGAUGGCUGUCUGAAUUGGAAAGAAUUUCGCAAAGUUUUAUCAAAUUUCCCAACAACAAUAACUGACGCGCAGUUUAUCGAGUUGAUGAAAAUUAUUGAUCCUAAAAAGAAGAAAACGAUAUCAUAUCAUGAAUUUUUAAAUAUGUUUGAGGAGUGUGAAACUGAGGUAACAAUUUUGUGGGGAAGAUGGGGGGGGGGGGGGUGGAUUGGGUUGGAAGGCCAUCCAUGGUUGCGUGGGUCACAUGUGCCAAAGCAUUCACUGCCGCCGCCAGCUUUAAAUCAGUCUACAGUUCAGAAGUUAAUUCGGGAUAAGAUCCAAGACAAUUGGGGUACCUUCACAAAGGCCUACACAACAAUUGAUUUGGAUCAAGAUGGUUUUAUAUCAAAGAAGGAACUUGCCGUCUUGCUGAACAAAUAUACCUUACCCAUUACAAACGAGCAUUUUGACAGAAUGUGGGAAAAGUGCGAUGAAAAUCACGAUGGUAAAAUUCAAUUCAGUGAAUUUAUGAACAAAUUGGGAGUGAACAUUCACGCUAACGAUUUGGAUGGCUUCAGUAAGAGAAUUCACGACGAAAGCGACAUGAAAAUAAAAAGCAGUUUAAAAUAUCAGAAAGAAAGGUCACGCCAAGAAACAUUGAAUCAACAACUUUUUGCUUCUUCAAUAACUAUUCAACAAGUAUUUGAGCACAUUAAGAAUUUUGUUUUACAAAGAUCUUCAAGUUUUCGGAAAACCUUUCUAAAGGUUGAUGAAGAUCUUGACGGGAAAAUAUCCAAGAAAGAAUUUCGAAGGCUUUUAACACACCUAGAAUUGUAUCUGGAUGAAGAAAGUUUUACAUCAUUACUCUCGCGAUUUAAUUUUGUGAAGGGCAAAUUAUCUUAUAUUGACUUUUUGAGCGUGUUUCAAGAACCAGAGUUAUGCAAUCUACAACUAAUCAAAAAGUCAAAUCAUAGGUACAACGAGCCUAUUGAAGCAACUCAAUCAAAAACAGCUGAAGAAGCUCUUGCUCUGUUGAGAAAGAAAAUGGAAGAAGAGUCAGCGACAUUGAGGCAAGCAUUCAAACGAGCUGAUUUUAAUAACGAUUUUCGAAUUACACGAUCAGAAUUUCGAAGGUUGCUGGAAGAAUUCAUGAUGCCUUUGAACAGGGAACAAUUUGGUUUAUUAAUGGAAGUGUUAGGCGUCAAAGAAGGUGACAAAAUCAAUUACAAUACGUUUCUUGAAAAAUUUGAAAGGCAAGAGGAUUUAAAAGUUGGACACCCUUGGUUGUUUACAAAUCACAGAUUUAACGACAGCCGAGCACCUGAAAAUAUAUCUGCUGACAAAGCAUUCCGUUUGUUAGCUGAGAAGGCAACGGAUCAAUGGAAAGACUUGGCUACUGCGUAUCGAACUUUUGAUCGUGAUCAAAAUACGUAUAUAAAUAAAAAAGAAUUAAAGAGAAUACUGCGAACAUUUAAUAUACCGGUAGACGAUACAGAGUUUACAAAACUGUGGAAAAGGUUCGAUACAGACAAAAACAAUCGUAUAGAUCACAAAGAAUUUCUUCACAAACUUGGUUCAGAAUUGGCACCUGGAGACGGCGAAGGAUUUAGUUCGAAAAUUGUCGAUGACAAUAUUCUUCAAAUUAAAAUGCAAGAGGAGAGACAAAAGUCAAUGAACAAUGCAGCUUUGAAAAACCAAGUUCAAAUAAACAAGUUUAUGGAUGCAAUAGAAGUUGAAAAUAGAUUAAGAGACAAAUUUCGUGAUGGAUACGAGAAUUUGCGAAAAGCGUUUCGUGAUUGCGACGCUAAUAACGAUGGUUUCCUGUCGAAAGCGGAAUUUCAAAAGGUCUUACAGCAUUGCCAUUACUAUAUGGAAAAUAACGAACUUGAAAAAUUGUUAAGAAGGAUUGGGCUUUCUUACAAUGACAAAAUUUCAUACAGAGCAUUCCUGAGAGCUUUUGAAUGUAGCACAACAAGUUAUCUCUCCAAAUCUGGCCGUGAUUUAUCCAACCCGUCUGUUGUAAUGAACGCAGUCGGCAUGGACAUGGCGGAUGUUAUUCGAACUUUAAAGAAGCGUAUUAUCAAUAAAAUUUCUGCCAUCUAUAAGGCGAUGAAAUCAUUUGAUAAAUUUGAUGAUGGUAUCAUUCAGAUAACGCAACUACACAGUGUAAUCAACACUUUUUGCUUAAAAACCACACAAGAACAAUUUCAGGAAUUUUUGGGAGUUUGUAACAUACCGAAUGAUGAAUAUUUGUCAUACAAAGAGUUUUUAGCAUCUGUCCAACAACCAGGCGUGGGCCCUAAGGAAGGGCGUUGUAGUAUUUUGAAGAAAUCAAAUACAAGGAUUAACUCUCCAUGUCAGACUCCACAACACGAAAUUCAAAUGAAUGUCGAGUUUGACAUUAGCAAAGAGGAAACAAACAGACGCACAUACAGUCCUUUGAGUAUCCUUGAGGAGAAGAUCACAUCACAACGACAAAUCUUGUCCAAGCUUCUUAAAUAUGCUGAUAAAAUGAAUCAAUAUACAGUGACAAUAGAUGUACUGCAAAGUCUGUUAGAAAAAUGCGAUGUACACAUCAGUAUGAAUCAAUUGUAUUCGUUGUUAUUGAAAUUCAACAUUAAAAUCACUUCUAACAGAAUAUCUUAUGUGGAGUUUCUCCAAAAAGUUACUGGCGUUUUCUGCUUACCAUCUCCUACACCGGAUCUGUCAAAAAAUGUCUCUCCAACACAAAAAUUUGCAAAAACAUCUUCAAGUUCCGAUGAAAGCACAAGUCCACAGAAUUCAAGAAUGGAAAGAAAAAAUUUCACAGGAAAUUCUCAGCUGGAUGCCGUGUUGAUUAAAAUACAAGCGAAAAUCAGCAAAAAUUUGAAACCAAUGCAAAGGGAAUUCAGGGCAAUGGAUAAAAUUGGGUCAGGAUCAUGUUCCUUGCUCACCUUUCGCAACGUCCUGCAAAAGUAUAAGAUUGCACUUUCAAGCGAGGACAUAUAUCAACUCUUUUCAAAUUUUGAUAACACGUUGUCUGGUAACAUACCUUACAUGAAUUUCUUAUCUUAUUUUGCAUAGCGAGGAAGCUUUUGUUUUUAAUUAAAUUUUUGUAUAAACAACCGCAUGUAAAUGUCAAACAACUAAAUAUAAACGAAGCAGAUAUGCCCUAAAACUGUAGAUUGUCUUGUGAAUUCCUUAAAAUCUGGCUUGUUGACUGCUUUUCUAAUUGAUUAUCUUUUAUGUGUUCUACUCUAACAGUGCCACAAGCUAAGAUUUUUAUGUUUGAUUAAUAAGAAAUUGAAAAGGUUUGGAUAGAAAAAGGGCUGUCACAUCGACAAAUAAUGCACAAGAUUGUCUUGCUGAAAAUAAGCAUCGGUUAUAUCACCGUUGAUUCCAUUAUAAAUAUUAAAGAUGUAAAUAUUUUUUAAUUAAAUCUUUUAUUGUAUAGAUUGCCAAUGAUAAUAUAUUAAUUGUGUUGUAAUA